AUGUUUGAACGUGGUGUCUCCUCGGCUUUCUGUAGCAUCGGGGGCCCUGUGGUCCUCCCAGCUCCAACUUCGGGUACUGGCGAGCUGCCCCCAGGUGGAUGGGCAAGUCGAAUUCAGUUUCUGAAUUGGAGUUGUGCUCGAGAGGGCAAGUACAAAAAGUCGAAGCUGCUACAACUACUUGCAACAAUGCCCCUCCUCCGAGAGCCAGUCCUGCGCGAAGGACACCUAUGGACAGCUGAUACAUUCAAUGAGAAGAUUGGAGAAAGCAUCGCGAAAGUUGAGGCCGCCUAUAUCCAAUGCGUCGGGCGUGUGAAUGACGAAGAGGGCGAAUCUUGCCUGAAGAAAGAAGGUCCCUUCAAUGCGUGUAUCGUUAUCGAUACCCUCGGUUGUCUGAAAAAAUAUGCCAACUGCCAUUGGAUGAAUAAGGACGAACUCUGCAACUUUUACAAGGCCCCCGCAUCAGAGCCCCUUGUGGUGCCCCGGACGAACGCCCCCGCUCCUGUUGUUUCUCCUCACUCCCAGGGGGUCGGCUCCUCCGCACAGCAACGUAUUCAAUACUUCCGGCAGGUGGAAAGCGCCUUAACAUCCCUUCCGAAUGCCCACUACCGAUUGUUUGUCGCUAUCUAUGCGAAUGAACAAGCUUGGGUUGGUGCACAAACCGCAAUGAACAGAGUCCAGAAGUGGGCAGACAGCGGCAGCCGAAUCGGAAGCGCAGACCUACAGUGUAUCAGCGCCAAUGUCGGGGCGGGAAACAGACAGGCAGCUGCUAUUCAGACUGCUGCUGGGAAAGUUACGCGUCACGAAGAGGAUCUUGUCGAUGCAUUCACCAAGCUUGCGCUCCUCGCACAAGAUUAA